UGAUUGGUGAGCACCGGCCGGGAACGGAAGUCGGUGUUUCGCAGCCCAGAGCUUCUGCAGCUGGUCACUCCGGCUUCCAGGGACUUGGAUCGCCUUACCCUUCCAGCUCCUGGAGGAGUGGUCCGGGGCGCCGAUCGGCGGCUUCCUAUGAGGAGUUCAACCCGCCCCGCCUGCCGCCCGGAUGGGACCGCGGGAGUGAGCUAAAGUCUCCCGUGAAUAUUGAGUUCCUGAGGAAUUUGGGAAAAGACGAGCUGAAGUUCCCAUCCCAUGGAUCCCUUGGGUGCACCUUCCCAGUUUGUGGAUGUGGAUACACUGCCAAGCUGGGGUGACUCUUGUGAAGAUGAACUAAAUGCUUCUGAUACUGCACCCGAUGCAGACACCAUUAGAUCACCUUUUCUUUUUAACAAGACUAUCAAUGGAAAAGUGAUUCUUUGGAAAGGAGAUGUGGCAUUGCUGAACUGUACAGCCAUUGUGAACACCAGCAAUGAAAACCUCACAGAUAAGAAUCCUGUGUCAGAAAGUAUCUUCAUGCUGGCAGGGCCUGAUUUGAAGGAGGAACUCCAGAAACUUAAAGGGUGCCGGACAGGUGAAGCCAAGUUGACAAAAGGAUUUCAUCUAGCGGCCCGGUUCAUCAUUCACACGGUGGGACCCAAGUACAAGAGUCGCUACCGCACAGCAGCCGAGAGCUCCCUGUACAGUUGCUACCGAAACGUCCUUCAGCUGGCCAAAGAGCAGUCAAUGUCUUCUGUUGGAUUCUGUGUCAUCAAUUCUGCAAAACGAGGUUAUCCUUUAGAGGAUGCCACACACAUAGCCCUUCGCACUGUAAGGAGAUUUCUAGAGAUUCAUGGGGAGACCAUUGAAAAAGUAGUAUUUGCUGUCUCUGAACUUGAAGAGGCUACUUACCAAAAGCUGCUCCCUCUGUACUUCCCAAGGUCAUUAAAGGAGGAGGGUCGGUCAUUGCCAUACCUGCCUGCAGAUAUUGGAAAUGCAGAAGGGGAGCCUGUGGUACCUGAACGGCAGAUUCGAAUAAGUGAGAAACCUGGGGCCCCGGAAGACGACCAAGAAGAGGAGGAAGAAGGCUUGGGAGCUGACCUCUCUUUCAUUGGCUCUCAUGCUUUUGCCCGAAUGGAAGGAGAUAUUGAUAAGCAGCGAAGGCUGACCCUUCAGGGACAGUUGUCAGAGGCAGCCCUGCAGAAGCAGCGUCAGAGAAAUUAUAAUCGCUGGUUAUGUCAAGCAAGAUCUGAGGACCUAUCGGAUAUUGCUUCUUUAAAAGCCUUAUACCAAACAGGUGUUGAUAACUGCGGUCGCACGGUGAUGGUGGUGGUUGGAAGAAACAUUCCAGUAACACUAAUAGAUAUGGACAAGGCCCUUUUAUACUUUAUCCAUGUAAUGGACCACAUCGCUGUGAAGGAAUACGUAUUAGUGUAUUUUCACACACUGACAAGCGAAUACAAUCACCUGGACUCUGACUUCCUGAAGAAACUCUACGAUGUCGUGGAUGUCAAGUAUAAGAAGAAUUUGAAGGCUGUUUAUUUUGUUCAUCCAACAUUUCGUUCAAAGGUAUCAACAUGGUUUUUUACCACCUUUUCUGUCUCAGGACUGAAGGACAAAGUCCACCAUGUGGACAGCCUCCACCAGCUGUUUUCUGCCAUCUCGCCAGAACAGAUCGACUUUCCUCCUUUUGUCCUUGAAUAUGAUGCCAGGGAAAAUGGGCCUUACUAUACGUCGUAUCCCCCAUCCCCAGACUUGUGACCUGCCCUCUCCCAGCCCUGGUUCCCAAGGACACCACCCUCUCCACGGAUCACUACCUGCUGAAGUGAUACUCAUUUUUGCUGUACAGAUCCAGAGAGCCUUUUGUGCCCACCUCUCUGGUAUUUUUUUAUUGACUGUAUAUUUUCUGGCACAUAAGCAAUCUGAAAACGGUAGGCCAUUCUGAAUUGCACACUUAUUUUAACUUUGUAUAUUUGUAUCAAAUGAAAAUGUUCAUUUGUAGAGGGUUGUUCAUAGCAAUUGGGGAGCAACUUUUGAGUAUCUUCAGUUUCCUGAAAGGACCCUGGAUUCUCCAUUAGACAAGCCACCCAUGUCACUCAUACCCUCUCUUUAACAUUGCACGCUUCCUUUGUGUACUUGAGCCUGUCUCAAAAUAUAUAGAACCAAUGUAUGCUGACCGGAUGCAUUAUUUGCGUCAGAUCCUGGCAUCACGUUUUAUACAGAUAAGGUGGUUAUGAUAAAAGAGAAUUGUCUGGGACCAAGGAUUUGGAAAUGAACUGAUAAGAAACGUCAACAUCACGAGCUAAAUAUAGGUCUUAGAAUUUUACUGCACCAGUUAAGACGAAGGUUUAAGAACUGAAGUUCCUUGGAGCGUGUGGUUUGUUAAGAUUGUUCUGGUCUCAGCGGUGGGGGAAACAGGAAGAUGGUAGGUAUCUUCAGCCUUUUUCCUAUAAUCAUGGGUGACUCGGUCUCCUUAUUCAAGGGGACCGUGCAUAUUGGUCCCCUAAAGUGGAGGGCAUCUGGGAGCCUUUGGAGAUGUGCGGUCUUCCCAGAGUCAUGCACGACCCUGUUUGGCUCUUAGAAAUGCCCCCUGUAAGGACCCUUCCUAGUUGCCCACAUCAGUGUGGAGGGAGUGUGUGCAUGGAACGAAAUUCCAGACCACGUUUGUCACUCAGGCUCUCCCUGUGCCUUAGCUUGCUUAUGGGUAAAAGUAGAAUUAUGCUCCCUACCUCACAGAGGUGUCAUGAGGGCAGCAUUUAGAAAGGGCUUUUGAUGUCUUUGGAUGAAGAAUGCUAGGGGAGUUCUUGGGGUAGGGUGUCUUCAGUUACUUUUUUCAAUGAUAAUAAAUAUGCUUGAGGGAGUGCUACAAGCCCUUCCCCUUGUCCUUGGCAUCUUUAGAGUGACUCUUUUCUUUUGGGACAAGAGCUGUUAGAGCAAAAUCCCAACCCUGAGGACCUCCUUCCUCUUCGUCCAGAUUUCUUCUGGCCUCCUCCCCCAGCGCUGCACUUUAAUGAGAGGCAUCUGCUGGCCAUUUUAAGCAUGUCUUCUUCAAUUAAGGUCACACCAUUAUCAUUUCCAUCUGGGUGUCCUCGUCCCCUCCAUGCCCUUCACCCCGGCAUGUCCAUUGGCAUUUUGGAGAAGCAAGUGUAGACAUCAGGUCUAAAGUGCCCAGGAUCGGUGCUCCCAAGGGCCUGUUCCCUUUGCCCAAAUUAAUUCUUCAGUGGAAGUAAAAGAAACAACUUCUCGUUGUUUGUGAUAGAGAAGUCCCCUUUGGUUGUGUUAACUGCAUCCCCUGUUUUCCCAUAUAAAUGAGACGGGACUUUACAUUUCUAAGGUACGCGCGCCUGUCUUCUGCGUGGAGUGAACACAUUUGCUUUCUGUGGGAAAUCAAAACCACUUGUUCCUUAUGUACUGCUUGUUUGUUAAGGACUUCCUGAUGACUUAGGUCAUCGGGUCCAGUGAGCCAGUCAGAAGUCUGGUGUUAAGCUUCCUCUCGAAUAGUAAUCCCUUAACCCCGUGAGCCUUGAGCCUUGUGAAUCUGAAAAAUUAACUUCAUCUGCUCCAGGCAAUUGUUAGGUCAUGUUUGAGGCAUCUUUUCCCUGGAGGCAGUUAUAAAAAUAUGCCAGCUUUUCGUGGUUAAAGCUGGACUUGGCUCCUUCACAUGGGCACCUGGCCCGAAUCAUUUCCUCUAUAGAUAACAGAGGCUGCAAGCUACUUCGCCAUUUGAAUGGAAACACAUUUACACGGACAGUUUCUUAUAGGCAAUCCUUUUGAAAGGAUGUCCCUUUGUGGUGAGUAUACCAGUGGCACAAGCAGGAGUCUCCAUAUCCUGAGAUUCUAGUUCAAUUGAUGUCCUAGGGUAGAAAGGUAGUAGAGGACUACGUACAUGUCAACCACGUUUCAUAAUUAAAUGGAGACUAAAGCUAAGGGCUGCUCUUCUCAAUGAAACUAAAUUUGGUGUGGGACCAAGUUUGUGUUAUCCUGCUGCCUGAAGUGUUAUGUAAUGAAGUUGUUUCUCGGUGUACUGAGAUCCUAGGAGUGGAACACAGUGACCUCGAUAUUGAAACGAUUAAGUAAUGCUCAGUGCCUAUCUGCCUCUGUGGAGCAGUGGAUGCCUGGACAACACACGCCAUGUUCAAGGAUGGACUUGAGGAUGAAAGGGUGCCUGGGUGGGGAUGACCACUAGCAUCUGAUGUUAAUUCAAAGCACCACCCAGUCCUUAAUUCAGUUAAACUUUGGUCAUGCCAAAUGCUUAGUUGAAUUGAAGAAACAACUUACAAGACGUUAAGUUAAUCCAUUCAUUAAUUCAUGCAAGGCAUAAUACGAUUUUUAAGACAAGUAUGUUUCUUGCUUCAGCAUAUGUUUGGAUUCUUCUGAACUCAUCUAUAUCUAAGUUUCUUGACAGCAAAAAUAACCUUGAAAAAAAGCUUAGUUUUUAUUAGACUCUUAGUGUCUAGAGGCCAAAGUGGUUCAUAUUUUAAAGAUUUUGCUUUAAUGUAUAUCUUAGUUCAUUGGCUGGUGCUCUAUUUAUUUAUUUGUGUGUUGUUGUUUUUUUAAGGAAUCCAUCUCCAGUAGUUUGAGAGUGAUCAACAGAGGAUUUUCAGAAUAUUUUUGAUAAGAAAAAUGGAUGUAGAUUUUUUUAUCAAAUACCUGAAAUCUAAAAGGAUUAAAAUAUCUCCUAUUUGUAGAGAUGGAUGAGUGUAAUCACUUUAGUAGAAAAAAAUGGUUAGCCUAUUUCUAUUUGUUUUUUAUUUGUUCAAAUAUUAUUUAAUGAAUUCAAACUGUACCUAAUGGUUUAAACUUUUCUUUGCAACAGUUAACAGGAAAGCGAUAAAGUGUAGCUUCAAUAUAGGCUAAAAACCACUUUUCGUGUUUCCCUUGGUACAUUGUGUAUGUAUGUAUAUAGAGUUUACAUUGCCUACUAUAUAAACAGAAAUUAUUAGAAUUUGAAGUAUUAGAAAGAAGAAUUGGAUGGUUCUAGGUGCAGUGGAUUGAUUGUAUUAAGGACCAAAAGGACUACAGCAUAUAAACCUCUAAAAUUGGGAUUAGCCAGGAAGUUUCUGAUUGUGGUUCCCUUAAGUUACGGUCAUUAUAAUUAACAUGCAGGAGAGUUUUUUAGCUGUACCGACAGUUUUGGUAUGUACUAGUACCUCAUGGCAUAUGAUUGAUUCUCGGUUUGCGAUUGCCUGAGCCCAUGAAGAAUAAAGGAGGGUUCUAUCUGUAAUCUAGGUCAUAUAAAAAAAAUAAAAAACUCAGAAAUUAUAAGGAUGGCCUAGUAGGCCUAACCAUACACACACACACACACACACUCACACUUUCUUCCCGCCUUUUGUCCCUUCCUCCUUCCAUCUCCCCACAAGAACAUUUUAAUUUUUUUAAAUUAAAUUUAUUGGGGUGAUAUUGGCUAAUAAAAUUAUAUGAGUUUCAAGUGUAUGAUAUGUAACACAUUUAUGUAUAUUGCAUUGUGUGCUUAUCACCCAAGGUCAGACCUCCUUCCAUCACCAUAUAUUUGACCCCCUUGACCCUUUACUCCUCCUGGUGACCACCAUACUGUCUAUGAGUGUUUGUUUGUUUUUCUCAUUUGUUCAUUUGUUGCUUUCCUCAUAUGAGUGAAAUCAUAUGGUUUUGUAUCCCACCUAUGAAUGAAAUCAUGUGGUUCUUGACAUUUUUUGUCUGACUUAUAUCGCUUAGCAUGAUAUUCUCAAGAUCUAUCCAUGUUGUCCCAAAUGGCAGUAUUUCAUCUUUUCUAUGGAGAGUAGUAUUCCAUUGUAUAUUUGUACCACAUCUCCUUUACCCAAUCGUCUGUCAAAGGACAUGUCAGUUUCCAUGUCUUGGCCACUGUGAAUAAUGCUGCAAUAAACAUGGGGGAACAUCUAUCUUUACGAAUAAAUGUUUUCAAAUUUUCAGGUAGGUACCCGUAAUAUCCCCACAGAAUUUUUAAUGGUGGUUAGUAGCAUCGGUGCUGUGGCUUCUCACAUAUCUGGGGUUCAGACCUUGGGCAUGCUUCUCAACCUUCUCUGAGCCUCAGUUUUCAUAUUAAAUAGGGAUAAUAAUUCUCCUUGAAUAAUUAAGAGAGAUGAAUGCAAUAAUGUUCAUGAAGCAUGCAUAGUGUUGAUUUUUUUUUGUUUUGUUUUUUAUGCAUAGUGUUUAUAAGUGCUAGCUACCAUCACUUUUAUUAGAAAAAAUAACAUUUUGCUAAGGUCUUUAUAUUAUUUUAUAUAUUGAGUAGUAAAAUCAGGAUUCAACUUCAAGUCUGACUCCAAAGCUCAUACUCUUAUGAAAAGUUAUUUAAUAAAGACCAUCAAUAUCAGUUGCUUAUAAGUUUUUAAUCUUAAAUACUAUUUUCUCAAUAUUUGUUACAAAAUUAAUGUUUCUGUGGAGGGGAAAUGGCUAAGGUUCCUUUUAACAAUUGUGUGGAUGUGCUAAUAACCAAAUUGACACUAAAUAAAUAUAAACUUUAUUUACAAGUUGUCAUGCUAGGUUGCGGUCUAGUAAAGGGAUGGUGUGGCCAUGAGGCCAACGUGUCUAUUAUCGUGCUCAUCUAUGAUCUGUAACUAAUGACAGCAUGGGAUUCGCCCUGAAUCAUGAGACAGUUUCUGCAGGAAAAGAAUUUCCCCCCAACCAGUAUUAUCCUGAUGUUCCCUGAUAGUUCUGAGAAAUAGUACGUAAGCAUCUUAAAUUUGUGAAACCUAUUUGAAAAACUUGCUUUAACUGUUCUUUAAAAUAGAUGUUAGUAAGUCUUCUAUCUUUUCCUAGUUUUCUAAAUAAAUUCUGGAGUUCUGAAAAAACGAA